AUGUCUCAUAACAACGAUAUUGUCCUUAUAGAUUCAAGUUCGGACGAAGAUGAAGUACAACAGAAUGCUAAAAGGUUUAAGCCAGAUCCAGAACUGAAUACUUACUCAAAUAAUAAGUCAAAUAAUGGGAAGUUUUCCAUUGCUCCAUUCCAGGAAGUAUCCUCUUCUUCUUCUUCUUCUGAAAAUGAGGAUGAGGACGAAGACACCUACGGCGAUAGCAUACAACAUCCAAUUAUGCUAGUUGAUAGUAACAACACACCACGAGCAUCUCAAAAUGGUGGUGACGAUGAUGAUGGAGAUGAUGAUGGAGAUGAUUCAGAGGGGUUGACACGAACAUCUAACCGUGCGCCACUUGCUUCAGAGAUAACACAAGAACACGAACCAAUUUACAUAUCUAGCGGAGAUAGUGAUAACGAUGAAUAUGACAGUAGUUCAUCUGAUGACUUAGAACCUAAUUUUGAUUUUGAAGAUGUUCCACCUGAAGUAGUGGCUGAAACCAGAAAGUAUCUUAAAGCCCAUGGUAAUAUCAAGUUUCUUGAAAAAUAUUUACCCACAGCAGCAUCUGUCGAGCAUAUAGUUAGAUUAAUUUUGAGAUUAGGAUUUGUGCCGAAGAAUUUACCGACACCUGAUAGUUCCAAUAUAAUGGAAUAUAUCAGGAUACUAAACCAUGCAAUGUUGAAGGUGAAGUCCAUACGAAAUCGAAGAGAAGAUGUGACUACAUUAGAUGAUGCUUUAGAGUUGAUUGCUAAAUCCAAUAAGAUUCUUGUAAUUACAGGUGCUGGGAUAUCAACAAGUUUAGGUAUACCCGAUUUCAGAUCUUCUAAAGGUUUCUAUUCAAUGGUUCAACAUCUAGGGUUGAGUGACCCACAAGAAGUUUUUGAUUUGGAAUUAUUCCAUAUUGAUCCAAGUUUGUUUUAUUCAAUUGCUCAUAUGAUAUUACCCCCAGAAAAAAUGUUCAGCCCCAUGCAUUCAUUUAUCAGAGUGUUACAAGAUCAUGGUAAGUUAUUGCGAAAUUAUACCCAGAAUAUUGACAAUUUGGAAAGUUAUGCAGGAAUUAGUAAAGAGAAAUUAGUUCAGUGUCAUGGAUCUUUUGCCACAGCAAGUUGUGUAACAUGUGGAUACAGAAUCAAUGGAGAGGAUAUUUUUGAUAAGAUUCGAGCUAAGGAAAUUCCUCUUUGUCAACAAUGUACUAAACACAAGACUGAUAUAUUAAAACGAGACGAAGAUUAUUACUUUGCUGAUAGUUAUGGUGUUUUCAAACCUGAUAUAACUUUUUUUGGAGAAGCUUUACCAAGUAACUUUCAUGAUCAUAUUAGAGAGGACAUUUUAGAAUGUGAUUUAUUGAUUUGUGCUGGUACUUCUUUAAAAGUUGCACCUGUAAGUGAUAUCGUUGAUAAAGUUCCCGAAAAGAUUCCCCAGAUAUUGAUAAAUAAAGAUCUGAUAACCCAUUGUAAUUUUGAUGUGAGUUUAUUAGGGUAUUGUGAUGAGGUUGUGAGUUAUGUGGCGGAUAAAUUGGGGGUUGAAUGGGAUUUACCCCAUAAAGAUUACAAUUCAAUUAGAGGAGAGAAUGGACAAAACUUGGAAGUAGAACUAUUGGAUACAACUUUAAGAGAGUAUCAUAUUUUUGACAAGUCCAAAGUAGCGGAAGAACCAGACAAAGAAGAGGUGAAAGAGGUUGCACCAGAAAAGGAAACGGAUGGUUCCGAUGUUCAACUUGUAAGUGGUGAAAUAACCAUUGAGAAUACUCCAAUUGCUGAUGAGAAUGUCCCAUCAAAUGGUCUUCGAGAAAACACUCCAUUUCUGUAA